AUGGACCCUGACAUCAGUUCAAUCCUUAGAGAAAUUAACGAGAAGCUAGGAAGGUUAUGUACCCGAGUCGAUGCCUUAGAAGAAUAUCAAGAUAGGGGUAGCCCUUCCCUAGCCAAUAACCCAAGAGAAAGAAUUGAUCACCCACUCUUUGAUCGGAACCACCAACAUGUCAAUGACUAUCCCAGGAAUAGGCAAAACUUUGACAGAAAUCACAAUCGUCCACUAGAUGACUAUCCCAGAGAAAGGCCCCAUCACAAUGAAAGAGGUCGUGAUCCUAUAAAUCAACCUCUUAAUGAUCACCGUGACAUCGAUGACCGCAUACUUCGAUGUGUCAGGGUUGAGGCACCCAGCUUCGUAGGCCGCAUGGAUCCUCAUGAGUAUCUUGACUGGGAGUCAGAUAUGAAUCAUUAUUUCGAAUGGUACGACAUGUCUGAAGAGCGAAAAAUUCGAUUUGCAAAAAUGAGGCUUCUCGGUCAAGCCAAAUAUUAUUGGCAGAAUGUGGAACGUCUAAUUCUACAUAGGAGACAGGAACCCAUCCGAACCUGGGAUGAAAUGAAGGAUAAACUCAGGGAGAAAUACCUUCCCACCUCCUAUCAACAACGCCUCCUUGAUCAAUGGCAGACCUUGACCUGGGGAAACAAAUCCGUCACUGACUACAUCGCCAAGUUUGAUGAGUAUCUCAUGCGAUGUCAUGUCAAUGAGGAUCCCUCUGUCACCCUUUCCCGAUUUCGUGCCGGGUUAAGAAAUGACAUCCAACGAGAGCUUUUCAUGCGAGAGGUCUAUAGUCUAGAGCAGGCAUAUCAAUUAGCUCAGGAUUAUGAGAGAUUCCAAAGAAUGCCAAUCACUCGACCCAGUGAACCUAGAAAUUCGAGUAUACUAGGUCCUAGACCCGAACCACACCAAGUCCCCAGAACUAAUCCAAAUCCAACUUCAACCACUAGACCUCCAUUAGUUGCUCCUCCACCCAGGAAAGAAGACCGAGGCAAAGGCACCCUGAAUGAAGGACGUAGGGAGAGUAGCUCAAGGGGUAGAUGUUUCAACUGUCAUGGAAUUGGACAUUUUGCAAACCAGUGCCCUUCUCGUGCCCUACAUAUUGGAGAGAUCGAAGAGGAACACCCUGGGGAAACUGUAGAAGACGAAGAAAUUCACAUAGCUGAUCCUGAAUUAGCCGAGGGAUUCGAUGAACCAAAUUUCACUGAAGAAACUGAACCUGAAGUUAGGAUAAACGUACUAAGAUGUACCCUGACACAACCAAAGGAAUGUGAAGAUUGGCGAAGAACUACAAUUUUUCAUACCUACAUAAACAAUGAGGACAAGGUCUGUAAAAUUAUCAUUGAUAGUGGAAGUUGCAUCAACGCAGUUUCCACUGAUACGAUUUCCAAGCUUGGGCUAACACCCGUCGACCACCCCAGUCCCUACAAGGUCGCCUGGCUAGACACUUCAUCCAUACCUGUUAGAUACCGUUGCAAGGUACCCAUUAAAUUUCAAUCUUACCAUGAAGAAAUUUGGUGCGACGUUCUUCCCAUGGACGUCGGCAGCAUUAUUUUAGGACGACCUUGGUUAUUCGAUCAAAAUGCCACACUUUUUGGUCGAACAAAUACUUGCUCAUUCAUGCACAAAGGCAAGAAAAUCACACUAUACCCUUCACCACCAAAAAAACCAAAGGAUAGUAACCCAAUAAAACCAAAAGAGGAAGAACAACCCAAGGGAUUACACUUGAUCAACGCAAAAGAACUAGAAAGAGACAUCAAAGAAAGCCCUUCUGUGUGGGUUUUAGCUGUUAAAGAAGUUAGUCUGAAAGAAACAAGCCCAAUUCCAGAAGAAAUGACUAGUCUUCUUAAAGAAUUUGAGGAAAUCGCCCCAGAGGAACUUCCUGAUCAACUACCACCUAUGAGGAACAUACAACACGCAAUAGACCUAGUCCCAGGAGCGACCCUACCAAAUUCCCCUCACUAUCGGCUUAACCUUACCGAACAUGCCGAGUUGAAACGUCAAGUUGAAGAACUCCUAAGAAAAGGAUUCAUUAGGGAAAGUUUAAGCCCAUGUGCCGUACCUGCCCUUUUAACUCCUAAAAAAGAUGGAACUUGGAGAAUGUGUAUUGAUAGUCGGGCAAUUAACAAGAUCACAAUACGAUAUCGAUUCCCGAUUCCCCGACUAGACGACAUGCUAGAUAUGAUCUCUGGAUCGAAUAUAUUUUCUAAAAUUGAUCUUAAAAGUGGCUACCAUCAGGUUAGAAUCAGACCAGGAGACGAGUGGAAGACCGCAUUUAAAACAAAGGAUGGACUAUAUGAGUGGUUAGUAAUGCCAUUCGGUCUGUCAAAUGCUCCCAGCACUUUCAUGAGACUAAUGACUCAAGUACUACGACCUUUCAUGGGAACAUUUGUUGUUGUCUACUUUGACGACAUCCUCAUUUACAGUAAAACAAAGGAGGAACAUCUAGACCACCUUCGGCAAGUUUUCCAGACGCUUAGAUCCGAAAGCCUAUUUAUCAACCUUAAGAAAUGUGAGUUUAUGACUACACGUGUUACAUUCUUAGGAUUUGUUGUGACUCCAGAUGGACUAUCUGUGGAUCCUGAAAAGACAGAUUUUCGAAAAUGGCUCAUUUCCUGCCCUGUUCCAAAACCUUCGAUGCCUCUCAAGUUGCCCGGAUAUAUUUCAACGAAAUCGUUCGUCUACAUGGGUUACCCGAAUCCAUUGUAUCAGACCGAGAUGUCAAGUUUGUCAGUUAUUUCUGGAAAACUUUAUGGCAUCUAA